UAGAAAUAUCCUAGAAUAUAUAUAAAAGAAAAUAUUAAAAAGAAUAGAGAGAAGAUUUUGCAUAAAUACUCACUGUUCUAAUUUAUCAUGAUUUAAUUGUUAUAUCAAACAUUAAACAAAUCUUUCUUAUAGAAAAAAAAAAUUAACCAAGCAACAUACUUUAGCUUUUGUUCAACAAUCAUGUCAUAAAAAUUAGUUUAGAUUAGAUCUCUUAUGGCUCAACACGGCCUUAAGGCUUAUCUCGUUCCUCACGAUGAUCAACAUAGCAGUGAAUACAUAGCAAGCUCAGAUGAAAGAUUAGCUUUCAUCUCUGGAUUCAAAGGCUCAGCUGGACUUGCUCUUAUUAGUGAUACACAUGCUUACCUUUACACUGAUUCUAGAUAUUGGAUUGCUGCUUCUAAGUAACUUGAAGAAGGCUGGGAAUUAAAGAAGACUGGCUUAGGUUUUAAAACUUGGUUUGCUGAAGCUGCUGAAUAAUAAGCAGGACAUAAAAUUGGUUUUGAUCCACUUCUUAUUUAAGCUGAUGCUGUUGAAAAUAGAACUAAGUACUUUUAAUAGCACAAUAUCUAAUUUGUUUCUGUUUCAGAAAACUUGGUAGAUGCUGUUUGGACUGAUAAACCAGCUGAUUCAUUAGAUAAAAUUUUCAGACAUGAAGAUAAGUAUGUUGGCUAAACUGCAGCUGAAAAGAUUGCAGUUAUUGGCAAAGAACUUAAAAACCUUGGAGCCAAUUAUACUCUUUCUGCCAAACUUGAUGAAAUUGCAUGGAUUCUUAACUUGAGAGGUUCAGAUAUUAGCUUCAAUCCUGUUUUUAAAGCAUACUUGAUUUUACAUUAUUGCUUCUAAACUAAUACUAAUAAAGGAACACUUUACAUUAACGACUAAAAAGUCCCUGAAGAUAUCCGUCAAUAUUUAGAAACAAUUCACAUCUAAAUUAGACCAUAUACUUAAAUUUUUACUGAUGUAACAACUAUUGAUCAAAAAAUAGCUAUUCAUAAGGGAGAAGUUAACUACAAAAUUUUAAGUUCUAUUCCACCUCAAUUUGUUGUUGAAUAGACUGGUACAGCAAUUAUUAAUAGAUUGAAAGGAGUCAAAACAGCCACUUAAAUUCAAGGUUUCAAGACCUGCAACAUCAGAGAUGGUGCUUCCUUAGUAAGCUAUUUAGCUUGGUUGGAACAUGAAUUAGUAGUCAAGAAAUCUACUUAAUGGACAGAAUACACUGCUUCUUAAGUUUUAGAUAAUAAGAGAAGAGCCAACGAAUUGAAUGUAGGUCUUUCAUUCGAUACUAUUUCAUCUACUGGUCCUAAUGGUGCUGUUGUUCACUAUCGUGCUGAAGAAGCUACUGCCUUAACACUUAACACUAACUAAAUUUACUUAGUUGAUUCUGGAGCUUAAUAUCAUGAUGGAACUACUGAUACCACAAGAACUGUUCACUUUGGUACUCCUACUGAUGAAGAAAAAGAUGCCUACACAAGAGUCCUUCUUGGUAAUUUGGAUAUCUAACGUGUUCAAUGGCCUGCUAGUUCCAGAAUUGGUGGUUCUGACAUUGAUGCUCUUGCUCGUAAGUAUUUAUGGUAAAAGGGAUUAGAUUAUGGUCAUGGUACUGGACAUGGUGUUGGACAUUUCUUAAACGUCCACGAAGGACCUCAUGGUAUUAGCAAAUUUAGAAGUGAACCUCUUGUUGAAGGAAUGAUCGUUACUGAUGAACCUGGAUAUUAUAAGGAAGGUCAUUUUGGUAUUAGAAUUGAAGAUGAUCUUGUUGUUGUAAAGAAGCCAACUGAAGGUUUCUUAGGAUUUGAAAAUCUUACCCUCGUCCCCUAUGACAGAAAUCUUAUUGAUUUAAGUUUACUCACUUAAGCUGAUAAGGACUACAUUAAUGCUUAUCAUUAAAAGGUUAGAAGUUUGUUAGCUCCUCUUUUAGAGUCUCAAAAUGACCAAAUUGGCCUUGCUUAUCUUAACAAAAAAACAGCUGAAUUAUGAAAUAUUUAUUGAUAAUUAAUUAGAUAAUAUUAGCACAUUAAUGUUGUUUUGUAUAUUGGUUUUUUAAAAUUAAUUUUUAAAAUAUUCUC